AUGCCCCGACUCCCGGUGCCCACUCCGCCCGCUUGGCGCCUCAGCGUGGUCACCGAGGGCGCCGCCGAGCUGAAGUUCAUCCUGCCGUGCGAUGACGGGAGCAUGACCGUGCUGGAGCUGACGCGGCGGUUGGUGGAGCGGUGUCAGUCGUUGACGCCGAGCGUGCCUCUGGUGGCGGACCGGCUCGUGGAUGCGCGCGACGGGAGCACGCUUUUUCCGGAGGACAGCGCGAGGGAGGUACUCGACGACGGGGACACGGUGAAAGUUUUUCUGAGACGGACGAACACGGAAGACGGCAGUGGCGAAAUAGGCGGUGGGGCGACUCGCGGGAGGGGCGGUGGGGCGACUCGCGGGAGGGGCAGGGGCGCGGGGUCGUCGGCUAGCUACAGCUCGCCCUUAAAUUAG